AUGGAAGACAGUCACUUUCGUCACAGUGCCUCGCACCAUCCUUCUCCCUUCAACCGGCCCACGCAGCUGGCAAUGCUCUCCUAUGAUGAAGCCGCCUCGACGGCCCUCGAGCCGCAGACGACGCAGCACCGGUCCAGCAGCACCACCGACGAAGAAAGCCAGCCCCCGCCGCGAUACACCCGCGAGAAUGACCCCUUUCAGCUCGCCUCGAAGCUCAAGAGCCCCGAGGAGAUCCGCCAGAUGCAGCCGCAGAGCCACCACGCCGCGGCCAACACGUCCCGCAAGCGCGACCGUCGAUGCACCACCCGGAACCCAAAGACUGUGCUCGCGGACGCCAUCACCUCCAAACAACUGCAGGGAUUCUACGAGGCGCAGAACGAGAACAUCAAGCUGAUGCUGAAGCCGGUGGAAGAGCACGUCCGGGCCGCCCGCGAGGUCAACGCCAACAACCAGCUGAAGUACAAGAUCGCCGUCUACGGCUCCUUCGCCGCCAACAUCGUGCUGUCGGUGCUGCAGCUGUAUGCGGCGAUCGCGUCGGGGUCGUUGUCGCUGUUCACGACGAUGGCGGACGCCGUCUUCGACCCCAUGUCCAACCUCACGCUGCUGCUGUGCAACAAGGCCGUCAACCGCGUGGACCCGCGCAAGUUCCCCGCCGGCAAGGCGCGCAUCGAGACGGCGGGCAACAUCUGCUUCUGCUUCCUGAUGACGGCCGUCUCGUUCAUCCUGAUUGCCUUCUCGGCGCGCCAGCUGUCCGUCGGCUCCGAAAACGAGACGGGAGGGUUUCACCUUCCGUCCGUGAUCGCCGUCGCGGUGGCCUUCUGCACCAAGUUCGUGCUGUUCGCUUACUGCUUCGCGCUGCGACACCAGGUGUCGCAGAUCCGCAUCCUGUGGGAGGACCACCGCAACGAUCUGCUCAUCAAUGGGUUUGGUAUCUUGACGUCCGUGGGCGGGAGCAAGCUGCGUUGGUGGAUCGAUCCGAUGGGCGCGAUCAUCCUGUCGGUGCUGAUCAGCGUGCUGUGGCUGCAUACGGCGUACCAUGAGUUCCAGCUGCUGAUUGGCGUGACGGCCGAUACGAAGAUGCAGCAGCUGAUCACCUAUAUCUCGAUGACCCACUCCCCCCUCAUCACCGCCAUCGACACCGUCCGGGCGUACACGUCCGGCCCGCGCCUUCUCGUAGAGGUGGACAUCGUCAUGGACGCCAACGACAGCCUGCGUGGGACGCACGACGUGGCGGAGGAGCUGCAGAUCAAGCUCGAGUCGCUUCCGGAUGUGGAGCGGGCCUACGUGCAUGUGGACUACGAGACGACGCACAAGCCGGAGCAUUUUCUCAAGAAGGAGCUUUAG